UAAUAAACCUAUCGCUGUUUUUUAUUUCCCCUCAGCUAUGUUCUUGGGAGCUCUGCAGAAUGUGAGAUACUGUACUUCCUAGAGUUGUGUCUGGACCCAAGUCUUUUAAGAGGUGGCUUUGUUGGAAAUACUGCUGCUGUGGUAGAUGUUUAAAAAUACUACUUACGUCUUUAUGCUGUGAUAGGAAAUGUUAAGAGUGAAGACUGGAACGGUGAGAGGGAGGUGCGUAGCUACAGAGUGUCUGUUGCCAGCAUCAUCUUUCAUCGAACGUACAGUGAGCAUGGCUGCUGGGGUAUUUACUGGCUGCUUAAAAAAGCUAAAGAUGACUGAAAGACCAGAAGGAACGAAUUCUGGUCUUCAUAGCUCAAAGAAAAUGAAUGGCACACUGGAUCACCCAGACCAACCUGAUCUAGAUGCUAUCAAGAUGUUUGUGGGUCAGGUCCCACGGAGCUGGUGUGAGAAGGAUCUGAGAGAACUUUUUGAACAGUAUGGUGCUGUCUAUGAAAUCAAUGUCUUGAGGGACAGGAGCCAAAACCCUCCUCAAAGCAAAGGGUGCUGUUUUGUUACAUUUUAUACCCGUAAAGCUGCACUAGAAGCACAGAAUGCUCUUCACAACAUGAAGAUCCUCCCAGGGAUGCACCAUCCUAUCCAGAUGAAACCAGCUGACAGUGAAAAGAGUAAUGCAGUAGAAGAUAGAAAGUUGUUUAUUGGAAUGAUAUCCAAGAAGUGCAAUGAAAAUGAUAUCCGAGUGAUGUUCUCCCCCUUCGGGCAGAUUGAAGAAUGCAGGAUAUUACGGGGCCCAGAUGGCCUGAGCCGAGGUUGUGCAUUUGUGACUUUUACAACAAGAGCCAUGGCACAAACAGCAAUCAAAGCAAUGCACCAAGCACAAACCAUGGAGGGUUGCUCUUCUCCCAUUGUGGUAAAAUUUGCAGACACACAGAAGGACAAAGAGCAGAAACGAAUUGCUCAGCAACUCCAGCAACAAAUGCAACAGAUCAAUGCCGCCUCAGUAUGGGGAAACCUGGCUGGUCUCAACACACUUGGACCCCAAUACUUAGCACUUUAUUUGCAGCUCCUUCAGCAGACAGCAGCUGCGUCAUCUGGGAACCUGAACACACUGAGCAGCCUCCACCCAAUGGGAGGACUGAAUGCGAUGCAAUUACAGAACCUGGCUGCAUUAGCAGCUGCGGCCAGUGCAGCUCAGAAUACACCGAGUGGUACCGCUGCGCUCACUUCUUCCAGCAGUCCCCUGAGUGUGCUCACCAGCUCAGCAGGUUCUUCACCUAGCUCCAGUAGCAGCUCCUCUGUUAAUCCAAUGGCUUCUCUUGGAGCACUGCAGACACUGGCAGGAGCUACAGCAGGCCUCAAUGUUAGCUCUUUAGCAGGAAUGGCAGCCUUAAAUGGAGGACUUGGCAGUGGUGGUCUCUCAAAUGGGACAGGUAGCACAAUGGAAGCCCUCACGCAGGCUUAUUCUGGAAUCCAGCAAUAUGCUGCUGCUGCAUUGCCCACACUCUAUAACCAGAGUCUCUUAACACAGCAGAGUAUUGGUGCAGCAGGAAGUCAAAAAGAAGGUCCAGAGGGAGCCAAUCUGUUUAUCUACCAUCUCCCCCAGGAGUUUGGGGAUCAGGAUCUGCUGCAGAUGUUCAUGCCAUUUGGAAACGUCGUCUCUGCCAAGGUUUUCAUUGACAAGCAGACCAAUCUAAGCAAGUGUUUUGGUUUUGUAAGUUACGACAAUCCUGUCUCUGCACAGGCUGCCAUUCAGUCAAUGAACGGCUUUCAGAUUGGCAUGAAGCGUCUGAAAGUACAGCUCAAGCGCUCUAAGAAUGACAGCAAGCCAUAUUGAGCGCGCCUCCCCUCCGCGACUGGAGUGAGAAGGAUCUUCUGGUAAGUUGGAGAGGAGCGCACUUAGUGAUUCGAAGCCCUAAGGCUGUGUUUUUACAGUCCUGGAAGCUGAUCCAUGCCUUCUGUCUGGCACAUCUUCCCCUGAAGAUUCGGCUGCAGCCUCUGCUGAGAAUCCAGCUUCGGAUGGAGGACAAGUUUGUGCUUUUGUUUCCAGUGUUUUACUUUGGAGUUUAGGUGCCAUAUCGCUGAGGUUUUUUGUUGGGUUUUUUUUUUUCUUCCUCCCUUAUUUGAAGUUUGCUGUGUUUGUAACCAGUGUGUGUUGAGAAGGACCAAUGCCAGCUCCUUGGGGGUGGGGAGGGAAGGUUAAAGGGAGCAGCAGAAACUGACACCACACUGCCUUGGGAUAAGAGGGGAGAAGGGGAAGCAGAACUGACACCACGCCACCAUGGGGGAGAGGAGAAGGGAAAGCAGAAAUAACACAGAACAGCUGAUGAAAACAAAGAUGGGGAAGGAGAACUGAGUCCAUCCAAGCUUGCGUGAGCAAAGAACUGACUCCAUGUAGCCUUUGUCAUGCCCCAUCCAUUCUUUGAAAUUUCCUUAACUGUAUGCCAUGGUGGGGAUUUAUUAAAUCAUCUCUAAAGCAGGAGACAGGCAAGAAGGGUGAACACAUUAACAAGCCAAAGGAAAACUGCAGUGACUUCUUUUCUUUUGCUGUAUAUAAAGUAGUGUUUAUAUAGCACUGUGAAUGUACACAGCACUUUAUAAAAUUAUUAGAUAAAGCCCCUGCCCAGAAAGUGUCACUGUCCAUUUACAGUUGAGUAUUAAUGAGAUGCAGUGGAUUUCCCCAUAUUUAAGAAAACUUAUCCUAUGUACUUUAUCUAGGUUUAGUGGAAAGGUAGAGAGAGAAAGACACACAGCUUAGUCUGGAUGAGCACAUCUGGGGCUGGAAACAAGAAACUUUCGAUCCCUGGUAACCUGCAGAAUUUUUUUGACAAUUUUUCUUCUCAACAGUUCAGCACAUUCCCCAUUUCUGUGAAAUAAUAUCCUUUUUGCAGAGUAUUAUGUUGAAUUCAUUCUGAUAAGCAUAAUGUAAGUGCUGUUUGGUUCUCUAUUAAAAUUACUGUUAAAUUGAGAUACAAAGCCCAGAGUUACCCUAACCCAGCUCUUGAGGCUCCUGUUUCAUACAUGUUCUCAUAGGAUUUGAUUUCUCAGUCUUAACUCUGUUGCAAAGAUGACUUCCUGGUUUAAAAAAAAAAAAAAAAAAAAAAACAAAAACCCCAAAACAACACCAAAACAAUUUGGACAGUGAUUUGGUCUAGUAAUUAGGUAUUUCUUUAUACUGCAGUUUUCCUUUAAGGUGGUGUGUACCAGUGCAAAACAGGCUAACACAGGAGCUGUGAAACCAGAGCAGAGCAUUGAGCCAUUCAGUCUUAUUCUGCCUUUUGGUACUAGCUGUUAUCUUCGAUAUUGAAGGAAAAUUGAACACACCCUUUCAAUGAACACACACUUCUGCACACUUGUGAAAUUGCUGAUGUGUUGCUAAGGGCCUUUGUUAUACACUGGUUUUAGGGAGCUCAAAGGAGUUUUGGCACUCUGGCCUGAGUUGUUUUAAGAAAUCAGAGCCCCAUUUUAUAACCACCAAAAUCCACCUCUGUCACAAGAGGAAGUUUACAAUUUCUGUGCGUCUUUAACAGAAGUUCCAUUUACCUCAUAUUUUCUCCUUUUCCUUGUUUUCUUUGUAUUCCUGGUCUGUGAUGCUGUUUCCUAGGGUACCAGCCAACACUGUAAUCUGGGAGCCAGCUGGUAAAUAAUGUGUGGGUCAGACAUAGGGUUGGGACUUUCUGUUCUGCUCCAGCAGGAGGAGCACUAAACCCAUCAAACCUGAGAUCACGUUCAGAAUCCAUGCGCCGUGGUCUGUUGGGAAUGUUGGGCGUUCCCAGGGACUGGGUCCCCUGGGAUCUCAAACCUCAGAAGUACAAGGCCUGACCUGUAGCAUCCUACAAGAGCCCUUUCCAUUCUUAAAUUGAAAAUCAGUUAGCUGAUGCCGGUCUGUCUAUAUUGAUGGCAGACAGGUAAAUCUGUCAGUAUUACUCAAAUCCUUUUGUGGUGGCAAAGGUUCAAAGGCCAGAUUGCCAAAUUUCCCAGUUAUGCUGGCAUGUGGUACCCUUUUAUGUUAAUUAUUUGAAUCUCUCUAGAAAAGUAAACAUACACUUAAGCAAACCAUGUACACCUGAAUUCUGCACGAUGGGAAAGAUGUGUCCUGGUUUUCUGAGAAAAGAGUGUUGGAGUGUGAAGGCCUCCAGGGUGAUAAUGGGAUUUUUUUUUUAUAAAUAAUAUACUUUUCAAGAAAAGAAAAAAAAAAAAAAAAAGAAAAAAAACACAUAGAUGGGAGCAACUGCUCCAAGUGCAACCUGCUGUAACCAAGAACGUUGUUUCUAUUUUUAUAGAAGUUUUAUACCGCUCCAGGGUGGAGAAUAUUUAUUACCUAAAUUAUUUCACUGGAAAAAAAAAAGGCCAGGGUUUUGUAGAAUCCUGAAUGUGAUUGUUUUACACACAUAAUGAUGUGCAUGAUUGAAACUACUGAUUUUCAGUGGCCUGUUUGCAGCCCAACAACUGCUAAAUGGGGAAGACAACGCUGUGAACCAGUGGAGGAGAGCACUGUGCUCUGGGGUCUCUACAGUCACUCUUACCUUCUUUGCACCCUGCCCCACUAUACUAUCUGAGACCUUUGUCCUGUUUUCCUUUUAACCUGAUACUCUGGCCUCUUUACUAGUCAUUGCAGUUGCCCCAAAUUAGAUAUUUUAGCUUCAGCAUCCUACAGUGUGUCCUUAAUACUGUAACUUACGGAUCAAGCUUGGCAUUGUUGCAAAUAGGUGCAACUCCUAUUGACUUUAGGAGAUUCACCAGUUUACACUGUGGCUUGGUUUGAUCAGAUCCCAGACACAAUCACCUUAAGACACCUAACUUGGGCUAGCUCUUGUGCCUUACUGGCAUAACUGUAAGUAUUGCCAAAAAGAAAAAGAAAAAAAAUCUAUGCAGGUUAAAUUUUAAAAUAUGUGAUCCUCAGAUGGUUUGAAUCAAUGUAGUUCUGCUCUCUUCAGUAGAGCUGCAUCAGUUUUCACCAGCUGAAGAUGUUGCCCUUUUUGUGUAUUUGUUUCAGAUUUCCCUUUCUUGGUGUAUCAAUGUAUAUGUUGCCAAAGUUAAUAAAUGUAUCAAGUUUGUGACUUGGGCAGAUUUUUUUCUGAUAGCAGAACUGUUUGGUGGCUGCCGCUGACUCUGGAGAUUUAGGUUCCUCUUGCCUUUCAGUCUUAAGCCAGUUACCUUCCUUGCUCAUUGGCAGGGAAGUCUGGGAUUUUGGGGACUUGGGGCUUUUAAAUUUUAUUUUAUUUUUAAUUCCUAUCAUGCUCUCAUUCUAAUGCAAAUCAAAUCAAUGUCAAAUGUUUUAUUUCCUGGAUAGGAGGAUAAGAGCUGGGUGAGUUUCAAUAAACUGCAGAAGGAUUGGCUUAAGUAGCCACAUGGACAAAGUAUUCCGUAUGCUCAUAAACCAAAGAAUCUGAAUUUUCUACAACAAAAGCUAGUAGGACUUCUGAUGAAAUGGAAUUCCAUAUUCCAUGCACCACCAGGAAGGACUUACAUAUUUUUAGAAACAAGACGGAAAUGGUCUACAUCAUAUAUUUAUUUCUUUCUCAGAAGUCAUUUGAUUUUACUAAAUAUGCUGUCAUAAGAUGAAAGUAUUAUGAACAAUUGAAGUCUUAGUCUGAUGCUACUUAGUAUCAAGUAGUACAGUAAAUGAAAUCAUAGAUUUUUCAGUUCCCUUGAUAAUCAACAGUCCAAAAUAAGAUAUCUCUUUGUAGUUUAGUUUUUUCUUCCCAUAAUACAAAGCUUGCAUUAUUAGAAAAUGCCUUUGAUACAUGGUGAUUAAAUUUUAAUCCUAAGAAGAAUGAGGACUAGGAUUUUUUGAAAGUAUCCGAGACAAAUUUUCAGAAGUAUCUGAGACAAUGAUGGUGAAUAUCUCUUUAUAUUUUAAUGGUGAGGCAGUUUACUAGCUCUGGGCACUACUAUCUGGAAAAUAAGCGCCUCAGAAAAUUUCUCACUGGCAAAUAAAUCCAUAAGAAAAAAGCUUUUCAUCUGAAUACUGAAGGGUCCCAUAGUGUGAUAGAUUCUGCUUGCAUGACAGAAUUAACUGAAGUGUUUCUUCUUGUUAAUGUUUGUGAGUUAGGGAAGAACAGCCAUGCAGAAUGAUGAUAUUCCUAUUUCAUUUAGAAAUAUCAAAAAGCAACUUGCGUAAAGCAAAUUGCAAAUGAAUGGUGCAAUAUGAACCCAUAAAAUGCUUUAAGAGCUUCUUGACGCAAAUAUUUAAAUAUAAUGAUGUUAUACAUCCCUGAGCAUACCUGCUACAAAAUAUAAGACACAGAAGGCAAAAUUAUCACAGCUGUGAGAUUAAAACGUGGUAAACUGGAAUAACUUUCCCGAAGUCAUUAAGAUCUUAUCCAGCAUCUCAUGGCUCUGCUCUUGUAGGCCAGUCCUUCCUCAGGACUUUAAUGAAACAUAGUCUUUCCACUCAAAAUAGCUGAGUGAAUUACUUGAAAAAUCUAUAUCAAAAAAAAUCCCAAACAAAUCACACACAGAAUUUCUAUGGUGCAUGCUUAGAUGUCACUUGAUUUCGUGCCUCUUGUUUCUCAUGCCUCAGUUCAUGAUGAAUUUGCCUUUCUGGUUUAGGACUGAAGCCUUACAGCUAUCUGCAAACUAGAGUACUUCUAGAAUUAUAGAAAUAGAUGCAUGAAUUGCAUUGUACUCUGUUUGCUGGAGUGGGUUUAAACUCCGUACUAAGUCCUUUUCCUGAAUUGGAUGGAAAGCAUGAAAAGCAAAUUAAUCUCAGCAGUUCUAGUAAGUGGAGUGUUGCAGGUUUAGUGGACAACAUGCUGGUUGUUGCUUUGGAAUUAGAAUGCAACACUUGCUAUUCUCAAACAUGCUAUAAAUGCUGUAAGGUAAUAUGCAAGUCCCACCUUGUUCUAGUCUCUAACCAGCAGCUUGGAGAUGUGCUGAAGUAUAAGGCCACAAACAGGAGGGAAAGGGGAGUUGGGGGGUGGGGAGGAGGAAGAAAAAAGAAAAAAAAUUUGCUUCCUCUCUCACCUACCUCCCACAGUCUUCCCCAAAUGUUCCUUGUCUCUUGCAGUUCACAAGCUGAGGGGAGGAACCAAAGGUAUUUAUAUUACUUAAUAUAAGAAUGAUUUUAUUUAUAUACUCUUCAAGAAAGCUUCAGGAAAUAUAUUUUUUUUUUUCUACUCAUCAAACUGGCAACAGUGACUGUAGAGCUUCUCAGAGCCCAGAAUCCCCUCCUCAGGAAGUCAGGGAGCUGGGGGCUGUUUAUAUAAAAGGUUGGGAAAGGAAAAUCCCUGUGCAGGUCUAAUGGUCUGAAAAGUGCUCAGCUAGGACAAGUCUUAACUUGCAGUCAAGUCUUAAGCAAUUCUUCUCUAAUGUGUGGAGGUUUUGGUUCCACUUACUUGUCUUGUAUAAUAUCCCCCUCACCCCCCGUUCCAAAUCAAUCACCCCCAGUUUCAUGGGCUCCUAGGGAAUGAGAAGGGACUGUAGCUGAAGGAAAGAACAUGGAUUUCCUGGGCUACCACUGCCUAAGAACUUCCCAUGUUAGGAUGCAAGAAAAGUCUCAGCCGUCAAACCACCUGUGAAUCCCUUGUGUCCUCUGUCUUGUCUCUCAUGGUCUCAGUCUCUGUGGGCAAAUGUUAGCCCUGGAGCCAUAUUUUUUGGAGUCGGUCUCCUGGGGAGGGAGCUUGCUCUGUUCUUCUCCUGCACAGAGCUAGUGGAGACACUGGGCACAGGGCAAGGUGAAUGCAUGCUAAUUGAUGUGUCACGAGGCUGCAGAGUGCUCCACAGACCGAGUGUUGAGAGGGAAAUCCAGGCCUCUGCUUCCAUUUGGUUUCUGGCAGUUUGAUGUUUACUUGGUGUCCUUCAUGUACUUUGACUUUUACUUGUCCAUCGUUGGCAUGUGCUGCCCUUCCCUGUCAACUCCCUUCCCCAGGAGAUCUCAUUGUACAGUGCCCAUUCUUGUUCUCUCUCUCCGUGUUUGGAUGUACUGCUCUGUGUAACUCAGUGGGUCUCCCUCUUUCUGGUUUGUUUUUUUUCUAGAUUCCUGCCGUUUGUUCAUCGUUGUGCCUAAAGCAUGUCGAUGUGGCGUUCAAGUACAUCGUCCAAAUCCUUGUCUCUUCAGCUUCUCUGAUGCUUGAACUCUCACCUUUGACCUUGUGUUGACCUUUGAUGCUGAUGUGUAUUUUUAUUACGUUUGUUUCUUUCUUUUUUUUUUUGUGCUGCCAAAUUGGUUUUGCUAGAAAGACUGCUGAAGGGGAAUAUUUAAACUUGCAUUUGAAUAUAAAAGAAUUUCUAUUUUUCUAGACCUUCGUAAGAUAACCACUUGAUUUUGUGAAUCUGAUUCUUUGUAAUUGUCUUCAGAGCAGCCUUGCUAGCAUACCUUGUGGAGUAUUUGUAUUUCUGUGAACAUACAGCCAAUCACUUUCUAGGCUUAGUUUUUUCUGUGUGCUUAGUUUUAAAAACACAGUUUCGAAGAAAAGUCAAUUAUAUGGUGUGACUCAAUCUUUCAGGAGACUUCCUAGUCACAUUUUGCUGAUCUGGUUUCUGUGCUUGAGGAGACAGCAUGUGUUUUUAUGAGUUCAAACUUGUGACUUGAGUGGCAUCAGCAGAAAACACUUGAACUACAUUUUCUUCUGAUUGUAGCUACAUUUUUGCCCUGGCAUUUAUUGAUUUUUUUUUAUUAUUAUUAUUAUUAUUAUUAUUAUUAUUAUUUUUUACCCUGCUUCCCUGUGUGAUUAUCAGUCUGCAGUGAAAAUUUGAUCAAAGUUGAUGUUGUAUUUUGUUAAGCCCCAGCAUGCUUGGUUUUUUUGUAACUACAAUCUCCUCAGCAAAAUGUGAUGGUUUUGUUUUAAUCUUUCAAACUAAGAUAGUGCCCAGAAAUGUUUUGCAUGUUCCCUGCUGUUAUCUUCACACCCUCGUAUAUAUCACCUUCACCUCUCUGUUUUCUAUAGUUUGUGCAAAAACUGAGCAAUUUAAUGGGUUUCAAAGGUAUCCUUCAAAUUGGUGGUCUUGGUAUGACAAAUAUCUGAUCAGAAGCCACCUGAGGGCAUCCACCUGUGCACUUAGACUGUCUGCCUGACAGAGCAUCUGGACCUUGUUCCAUCUCCAGUGCUGUCUGAGGCUCCCAGGGGGCUUGGCUGCACUGCUCCUGUGGUGGAAGUUUUGGUGGAAGGGGAUAGCUGGGGAGCAGGAAGGUGGGGGAACUUCACACUAUUUCUGUUUCCAAAGUUAUCUGAAGCCAGGGCUCCUUUGAAACACUCCUUAUGAGCCUUCUGUAUAAUUCAGGGCACGUUUUUGUGAAGUCCAGCCCCAGUUUAAUACCAUCAGUCAGACCUUGGUGGGCAGGAUCCUGGAAGGAUCUAGGUUAGCUCUUGAAAUAAAGUGUUUGAAAUAUCCCAGAGAAAGCAUUUGUAAACCUGGUCCUACAACUGCUGGCUCUUUUCCCAAGCGACAAGCACAAUACAACAGCCUCUGAAGCUGUUACCUGAACAGGGUACCAUCCCCAGCUCUCUUCUCAAGGGCCUUAGCUGGGGAAUCUCUACGGAGAUUUUUUAGUUUUUGUUUAGUUUUUAAUUGGGUAAUGAGCUAAGCAGUUUUUCUGGCUUGCAGGGUGAACUAAAACAGGUUACUGCUUUCUGGCUAACAGGCUUCCCCCUACCCUACAUACCAUCUGCACAGGUAGAAACUGGGAUGUAGCUUCUAGAUGAAGGCACCUGAAGAGUGCAUGCUAUGAAGUUUCAGUCCGAAGUGGCAAGCUAGUGUAGGUAUCUUAACAGUAGAAAAUAAUGUUAAAUGAAAUCCCAGGAGAAGUGGUUUUGCUGAGAAAACAAAUCGUGUUUGAUUGGGAUAAUGCAAAGAUGCGAAAGGAUUUUUUUCCUAUCCUACUCCUGAGUUGCCUGAGGAUACUGUACUCUCAAUAGAUGUUGGCUAGACCUGUGUAGACAGCCCUUAAUCUGCUUGUAAGAGAGAACAUGUUUGGAUAUGGUACACAUACCUGGGAGUGAAGCGUGAGGCUGGACGAAUAAAAGGAUAGAGACUUGUUUAUUUGAGAGGUAGGGUUGUGGGCUGGCUGCUGUUAGUCCCACAGUCUGAAUGCACAGGGCUGUGUGUCCGUGGGGGGCACUGAUACCCUGCAGUGUAUUGAGUAACUGCCAAUACGUUCUGUACAUGCGCAUUUGGUUCCAUAAGGAACUCUGGGGAAACCUGUGGAAAAAUCUCUGAAGAAAACCAAAAUGCCAAACAUUGGAUGUUUCUUUCCUUUGUUCUUUCCUUUUCUUCCUUUGGUUGUUUUAAUUGUUCUGUGGUGGUUUUAAUGGAUUUGAGACAGUGGAGCAGCAGCUGCCUUUCUGAUUUUUGGCUGCUUUUUGUGAAUAAUUUAAAAAGAAAAUUUACAUUUUGGAGACAAACCUGUGGGCUUUUUUAUUGGUACAAACAUUGUAUUUAACACUAGGGGUUUUGUACAGUUUUUUGCCUUUUCUACUAGAAAACAAUGUAAAGUGAUUCACAAUGUGACGAGAAAACAAAUUGCCACUAUGACCAAAUGUAGAGUCUGUUCUGCAGUAACGGGAUUUAAUCAACUCGAAGUCGUGGUUCAGUCGUAGAAAUGCUUUUCUUUACCUUGUUUGAGCUGUUCCUUUUUUUUUUUUUUCUUGUUUUGAUUUGCAAAACAAAAUGUCUUUUUGUGUGAAAUUGUGUUGUACUCUGUAGAGAAUAACGGAUUUUACUUUAAUGGUUUAAAAAGCAGAGGAGCACGUGUUGCUUAUCUGAUCGCAGAGUUUGUGUAGUGGAUUUAAAAAUGAAAAGAUUUGUUACAAGUUUGGGACGAGCGAGUAUGUGUUAAAGGAAUUUUCUUCCUUUUGUGUGUGUGGGGUUUUUUUUUUCUUUUUGUCCCAAAGGGCAACUUUAAGCUGUUUUAAUUGCACAGACACACCGACAACAAGUCAUUUUGUAUAUGCCAAGUGUGGUACCUUCCUUUGUUUAUUUGCUAUUAAACUGUUUGAGAAGAGUC